AUGAGAAACAAGAUUCUCUUGCCUGAUGACACCAAGAUUGAAUUCUUUGGCCUGAAUGCCAAGCGUCAGCAAGAGAACAAACAGAUCAGGGAGCAGGCUCAGAUCAGGGAGCAGGCUAGAGUCUGGGAGCAGGCUCAGAUCAGGGAGCAGGCUCAGAUCAGGGAGCAGGCUAGGGUCUGGGAGCAGGAUAGGGUCUGGGAGCAGGAUAGGGGCUGGGAGCAGGCUAGGGUCUGGGAGCAGGCUCAGAUCAGGGAGCAGGCUAGGGUCUGGGAGCAGGCUAGGGUCUGGGAGCAGGCUCAGAUCAGGGAGCAGGCUAAGAUCAGGGAGCAGGCUAGGGUCUGGGAGCAGGCUCAGAUCAGGGAGCAGGCUCAGAUCAGGGAGCAGGCUCAGAUCAGGGAGCAGGCUCAGAUCAGGGAGCAGGCUAGAGUCUGGGAGCAGGCUCAGAUCAGGGAGCAGGCUCAGAUCAGGGAGCAGGCUAGGGGCUGGGAGCAGGCUAGGGUCUGGGAGCAGGCUAGGGGCUGGGAGCAGGCUCAGAUCAGGGAGCAGGCUAGGGUCUGGGAGCAGACUCAGAUCAGGGACCAGGCUAGGGUCUGGGAGCAGGCUAGGGUCUGGGAGCAGGCUCAGAUCAGGGAGCAGGCUCAGAUCAGGGAGCAGGCUAAGAUCAGGGUGCAGGCUAAGAUCAGGGAGCAGGCUCAGAUCAGGGAGCAGGCUAGGGUCUGGGAGCAGGCUAGGGUCUGGGAGCAGACUCAGAUCAGGGAGCAGGCUAGGGUCUGGGAGCAGGCUAGGGUCUGGGAGCAGGCUCAGAUCAGGGAGCAGGCUAGGGUCUGGGAGCAGGCUCAGAUCAGGGAGCAGGCUCAGAUCAGGGAGCAGGCUCAGAUCAGGGAGCAGGCUCAGAUCAGGGAGCAGGCUAGGGUCUGGGAGCAGGCUAGGGUCUGGGAGCAGACUCAGAUCAGGGAGCAGGCUAGGGUCUGGGAGCAGGCUAGGGGCUGGGAGCAGACUCAGAUCAGGGAGCAGGCUCAGAUCAGGGAGCAGGCUAGGGUGGGAGAGGGCAUUGUGGAGAGCAAUAGGAUGGCUUCAUCUGUGGAUCUGUUGGUGCGAUGGAUCAAUGAGGACCGUCACACCAUGCUACGACAGACCCUGUCCAAGACACGGAGACUGGGCAUGCGGGGGCCGGCCUACAUGUUCAGCGCCCGCUCAGCCAGCCUAUCCCUGACCGAGGAGAGCUUCCUGGACGCGGCGGAGUACGGCAACAUCCCCGGGGUCCGCAAGAUGCUGGAGGAACUUCCUGAACUCAACGUCAACUGUGUGGACUACAUGGGCCAGAAUGCAUUACAGCUGGCGGUGGCCAACGAGCAUCUCGAGGUUACGGAGCUGUUACUGAAGAAGGAUAAUCUGGCCAGGAUAGGGGAUGCUCUACUGUUGGCAAUCAGUAAAGGAUACAUUAGGAUAGUGGAGGCCAUAUUGAGUCACAGGGCCUUCGCAGACACACGGAGGCUCGUCAACAGUCCUGGACGAGCAGAGACACUAGACGACUUCUUCUCCUAUGACGAGGAUGGUACACGGUUUUCUCAUGACAUCACCCCCAUCAUCCUGGCCUCUCACUGCCAUGAGUACGAGAUAGUACACAUCCUCCUGAGGAAGGACGCCAGUAUCGAGCGACCACACGACUACCUCUGUAAGUGUGGCACCUGCAGCUACCACCAGAAGCAUGACUCGUUCAGCCACUCUCGGUCCCGUAUCAACGCCUAUAAAGGGCUGGCCAGCCCGGCCUACAUGUCUCUCUCUAGCAAAGACCCUGUGAUGGCUGCCCUGGAGCUGAGCAACGAGCUGGCUGUCCUGGCUAACAUCGAGAAGGAGUUUAAGAAAGAUUACAAGGAACUGUCCAUGCAAUGUGAAGACUUUGUGGUCGGACUGCUGGACCUGUGCCGUAACACGGAGGAGGUGGAGGCCAUCUUGAAUGGGGACAUUGAUGCCAGUGAAAACAAUGAGCCACACGGAACACCAAGUUUAAUAAGACUAAAGCUCGCUAUAAAAUAUGAACUGAAGAAGUUCAUAGCCCAUCCAAACUGUCAGCAGCAGCUUAUGUCUAUCUGGUACGAGAACCUGUCUGGACUGAGACAGCAGACCAACGUUGUCAAGUUUCUGGUAGUUCUGGGUGUAGCUGUUGGACUGCCUGUCCUGGCUCUGCUCUACUGGGUGGCACCGACUUGCAAGCUGGGGAAGAUAAUGCGUGGUCCCUUCCUGAAGUUUGUGGCCCAUGCAGCUUCCUUCACCAUCUUCCUGGGCCUGCUGGUGAUGAAUGCAGCGGAUCGCUUCCAGGGUACCAAACUGCUCCCUAACAUGACCGUACAGGACCACCCCUCUCAGCUGUUCAGGAUGACGACCACCCCCUUCACCUGCAUGGAGAUACUCAUCAUAUCCUGGGUCAUAGGAAUGGUCUGGGCUGAGUGUAAGGAGAUUUGGUCCCAGGGGGCUCGGGAAUAUCUUUCGGAGACAUGGAAUCUUCUAGACUUUGGAAUGCUGAGCCUUUUCGUGACAUCCUUCAUCACUAGAUUUAUGGCGUUCUGGCAUGCGUAUUCAGCACAGAGCUACGUCAACAAGCACUAUACCGACCUGUCCAACAUUACCCUGGAACCAGAGAUAGAGUACUACAGACUGGCCCGUAAUAACUGGGUUCCCUCGGACCCCCAGAUCAUCUCAGAGGGUCUGUAUUCCAUCGCUGUGGUACUGAGCUUCUCUCGCAUCGCCUACAUCCUCCCAGCCAAUGAGAGUUUCGGGCCCCUGCAGAUAUCUCUGGGACGCACGGUGAAAGAUAUCUUCAAGUUCAUGGUGAUCUUCAUCAUGGUUUUUGUGGCCUUCAUGUUUGGAAUGUUCAAUCUCUACUCAUACUACCUGGGAGCCAAGCAGAACGACGCCUUCACCACGAUUGAGGAAAGUUUCAAGACGUUAUUCUGGGCCAUAUUUGGCCUGUCCGAAGUCAAGUCAGUGAAGAUCAACAAUGGCCAUAAGUUCAUCGAGAAUAUCGGCUAUAUCCUUUAUGGGGUUUAUAACGUCACCAUGGUGAUCGUCCUGCUCAACAUGCUCAUUGCCAUGAUCAAUAACUCCUUCCAGGAAAUAGAGGAUGACGCUGAUGUAGAGUGGAAAUUUUCCCGGGCUAAGCUAUGGUUCUCCUACUUUGAGGAAGGUGGGACAUUACCUGUCCCCUUUAAUCUGGUUCCUAGUCCCAAGUCCAUCAUCGCCCUGGUCCUGGGGCUAAGAGACCUCAUGCUGAAGGUUCUCAACAGACACAAGAGCUGUCACAAUGAGGAUACAGAGCUCAAUAAGUUGGAUCAUCAUAAGAAUUCAACUGUUGGAGGUCUGGCUUGUCCAGGUCGGCACCAGAAGAUAAUGAAACGCCUCAUCAAGAGAUAUGUGAUGAAAGCACAGAUCAAUAAAGACAGUGAGGAAGUGAAUGAAGGAGAGCUGAAGGAGAUUAAACAUGACAUCUCUAGUUUACGCUACGAACUCCUGGAGCAGAAGAACCACAACAUGGAGGAGUUAGCUGAGCUGAUCCGGAGACUGGGAGAGAAGACACCUGCCGAACACCAGCCACAUACGCUGAACAUAUAA